AUGGACCGGCUAGUUGAUGCUUAUCUAGAUUAUCAGUCCCGUGAUUCUGGGGAUGGCAUGCCUCUGUUGGUGCCUGCGGGACCUGACAACAUUCCUCUCGACGAUUUCUGUCCUGGGCUCAGCAACAUUGAGCUUGUUGAUACCUUUUUUCGACGCCGAGCAUCUUUUGAAAGCUUGCCAUACCAUAAGUACCCAAAUGAGACCCUUAUUUACAAUGGCUUUCUUGGGUGUUCCCCUUUGUAUCCCAACUUCAGCCUUCAAGCGCAUUGCAAAAUGCUGUGCUACCUGCAUGAUAUGCCGUAUCGACCCUAUCUGCGCUCUCAAUUCUCGGCAGCUUACGACGCAUACCUGGAAAUCCUCUACCGCGUUGAUCGAUUGCUAAAGCGGGAACUCAAACAUGACACUCCAAAUUGGCGGCUCCUAAAUGCCUGCCCACCAUGUACCUACAAAUUAGUGGACGAACCGGCACUCGAUUUUGAUUGGUUUGCCACCAUCGACGGCAACAACAGUCUCAAGCGGUGGGGGUCUUCAAUCCGUAAUUCUAUCACUCGCGAUGACCGUUGGAGGCCGAGGACCGACUACUGGAUUAGUCGCGACAUUGUGGACAAGUUCAAAGAUGAGGUCAAGUCGAGAACUGCGCUGGAUAACAAUAACAAUCCUGAUGACUGGGAGGACGAUGGAGAAGUGCCUGGCGAGAUUCCUUUCAACUGUACAGCCCGUUGGCAGAACGCUGGACCCGAGCAACGCAAGAAAAUGUUUGCUGUGUUUGAAGAAUCCAGAGUUUUUGUUGGCGCAUGCCGUCACCGGUUCAUCUUGGUAGUCUGUGAUAUGAUUCAAAGUGGCGAACUAGCGAAGUAUGCGCUUGCCACGGUUGAUCACCUCAUGACCGUAUACGGGAAAAAUGGAGCCUGCGCCUAUGAUAUUGGCUGUGCAUUUUCCAAGACAUUGAGCACGAGCUCCUUGGGUCCGCGUGCACAAUCGCUUGCCUUACGCAUGAUGGUCGGUGCAUUCCAUGGACAUGCACACAACCGCAAGUGUCAACUCGACUGGCAUCCGAUGUUCAUAACUGGGACUGGCCACACUGAAGGUGAAGGCUGCGAGCACGUCUUUUCGUCAUCAAACGAGCUCGCACGGAGUACACGUCAUGCCAGUGCUUUCCAUCGGCAUCAAUCGAUCGAAGAACACUUCACGUUCUGGGACGCUGACAAAUAUGCCGCCCUCGGUAACUUUUUGCACCACCACUACCGAGAAGCGACUCACAUCAUUCGAACCUUGGAAGCUGAGCUCUCUGUCAUCAAAUCCGAGUUAAACCUCAAUGAUGAAGACUUUGUGAAGUUUUAUAACGACGAAAAAUUAUAUCUCGACGCACUGAAGCAGCCGCCAAUCCGAGACCGCCUCUGUAUUCGAUACGUUGAGGUCCUUGAUGACUUGGAAAUACGCCGGGAAGAAUGGAAUGCUGCUCGAUCCGCGGCCAAUAACACGCUCACGACUGUCGGAGCUGGUAAUUUUGCAGAGAUCAACGCUGCCCUUACGCAAGCUCGAAUUCGGGUGGACACCGCUUAUGCCAAGAUACAGAACGCGGAAGCUUUGGUGGCCCACAUGGAAAUUCAACUCAGUAUUGAGGAACGCUGGGCCGUUGGGAGUGCCGACUAUCUGCAAUUCAAAGAAGAAGCUACAUUGGGAAAGUAUCGUGCAGCGCUCAAUGAGCUAGAACGCCUCGUGGUCAUGAGGCUUUUCGAGCUCUCGAAGCUCUCAUUGUCCGGCACAGGUUAUAAACUGUGCCAGCAAAUCGGAAAAGCGCUGCAGCGCCGUUCAGAGGCAAUCCGUAAUGCAAUCAACCGUUAUAAUAUGCAGGCUGCUGCGCUUAACCCACCACGUCUGAAAUUGUCUUGGAAAGACAUAGCGGAGUAUAGCUUUUUGGGGGAAUUUGACUUACUGCACUAUUCGCGCACAGACAUUCGAGAAGCGGACUGGACGAAACCUGCUUACCGCAAAGCCACCACAAAGCAUUUCAAGUUGCUGCGUGCACGAGAAGAGGUGUCCCGUCUCAACAUAGAAAUCCGUCGCUUACGCACCUUUAUUCAUGACGAGGAAACUGAUACAUUAAAAGUCAUCGAAGACCUCCAAUCAUCCAACCCACUCCUUGCAUCUGAGCUGCGACAACAAUGGCGAAGCCGCUCAGCAAUCAACAUGCUUCACAUCUUCCGGCUCAAUCAGAUCGAGGCCAUUCCAGGAUUCUCGGGUGUGCGUGGCAUCGGUGCUCAUUCAUGCGCACCAGGAUCAGAUAUUAAUGAGAUUAUCACUUCUGAGUUUGUGGAUGCAGAUGCCUCCUGA